GAACCGCGGAAGUUUUUCAGAUGCUGCUUCCGGUUGGUUGUUAUAGACGCUUAUCUGGUUGAGCAGUUAUUUAUUCUUAACGAUGGCGUUGUGUUUAGCUUGUGUGUCGUUUGGGGAUUUCGUGUAGCAGUUUGUAUUCGACAAAGGGGUGGUGUGUGAAAAAUGAUUGUUUUCCCCGAAAACUUUCAAAUGUUACUGGCUGACGUUACAAAACCAAAUGUGUAUCUUCCAUUUGAUGGACAUGGAGUGGCAGUGGGAAUUCUGUCAAGAUCAUGCCUUUAUGGACUGUGUCAGUUCUGUGGUACCAAGAGAGCUGGAUGUUCAGCAGCUGCUUCAUGACACUGAGGAGAAGCUCAAGCUCAAUGCCUGCUGCAUCGAGCAGAGCCUGAGGGAGCUGCAGGGGAAGCUGGAUGACACCAGGGCUGGGCACAGAACAGCCGACUGCCUCCAGUGGUUCGGCCCACGCUGCCUCAGCCAGACGAAGCCGGUCAGCACCGGACACCAGGACCUGCUGGACUUCCUCCGGGCCCUGCAACAGUAUUUAAAGACGGAGGAAGACGGCGCAGAGGAUACAGCUCUGCACAUACUGCUGAGCAUAUCCUCUCGGUGCGGAGUGGCCUUUCCCAGCUUCCAGCAGCCCAUAGCCCCCUGUCUCCCAGUACACGCGGUUCGAGAUGAGGCAGCGCUGGACGUGCAGGAGGCUUGGGAGGACAUACGAGUCCAGCUGCGGCGCCACCUACUGGAUAAGCUGCACAGUGCAGACGAUGUCGUGGAUGGCGACCGAGGUGCGGAGGGUUGCAUCCGGAUAGCGCAACGCGUCCGCUGCUUUGAGCAGCUCCUUUUCCUUUAUCCAGAGACGGAGGUCCUGUCUCGCUACCAGAACCUUCAGGUUAAAUUCGUUCAGGACCUUCUGCAUGGUACGCAGCCCUGCAGCUUUGAACGGUUAGCCGACAGCUUGCGUACUGCUGCUCCCACGCUGUCCAGCAUGAUCGCCAUGGACCUGCAGACCCUACGCUGUGUAGUGGAGCCCAAUACCCUUGUAGCUUUCAUCAACCAAGGCUACCUGAAUACCAUUUCUCAAGAGCUCCUUGUCCUCAUAGAGGAGUGCUGUGAAAACGCAGGGAAAGACAACACUGCACACACCAGUAAGCCUGGGAAGAGGAGCAGCACCAAGGCCAAAGCCCAAGCCCCAGCCCGGGAGGCGAGUCAGAAAGGUGUGAGGGGCUGCCUGACCUCCCAGCAGCUCGGCUGCCUGGCAAAGAUCUCCAGCACCCUUCUGGAGCUGGAUGAACAAAUGGAGCUGCUGGUGACUAAGAUGCCAUUCCUCAACCUCCCUGGGGCUCCCUGCAGUGUGAGAGGGAUCCUUAAGAAGACCAGGGAGGUCUCAGAGAUGCCUGCGGGGAACGGGAGAAGGUACACAGACAUGUUCCUCCAGCAGAACCCUGAGCCUGUUGUUCUGGAGUUUGACUGGAGGAGUGCCUUUAGGGAGCUGCUGUCCCCAGUGGCACACUGUCUGAAAGCAGUGCUAGAAGAUGCAUGCUCCAGGAGUCUGCUGCAGGAGGAGACAGCUCACAGUGCAGACACGGCCAUUUCUGUGAUCCUGCUUCCUCAAAGGGACUGGGCACUGCCCGGCUCCCUGGAGUCAGAAGCCCCAAAAGUGAUUGCUAAGUUCUGUGGGGACAUUCUUAAGGAGUUUGAUUUGCUGCUCCCUCUGGUGCUGCUGUGCAGAGAUGACCCCCUGCUGGAGGUCAGGUCCACUUUUGUAGAGGUCUGCAGCUAUGUGGCAUCUGCCAUUCUGGGCCGGCUGGAAGAGAGAGCCCGAGAAGUACCUUCCACGGCACCACUGAGGAACCUGCCCGCGCUGUUAGCUUCCAGUCUCCAUGUCCAGCAGUGGCUGGGCCACAUCCAGCACCAGCUCAGAGACGGAGGGCGAAUACCGCUUUCUCUGCUGCCCAUCCAGAGGUGUCAGGAGCUCACAGAGGCACUUCAGCACCAGCUGACCCAAUAUUGCAUCCAGACAUGUGCUACUUGCAUUCUGCAGGAUGCUGAAGCCCACCACUGGGGUGACACCAAGCCUUUUUAUGAGGGGGAGAGGUGUUCCUUCUCUAUUCAAAUGUGGCACUACUUCCUGACUGGCCUCCGCAGAGAUCUGUGGGCCAUGCUGCCACCGUGUGUGGCCCAGAAGGUGCUUGCUGAAAUCCUGAGUGGUACCCUCGAGGUCCUGGUGUGUCGGUACUCUCAAGCCUGCCCCACCUACAAGAGGAGCCAGCAAAUCAGGGCUGACAUCACCGCCGUGAUACUGGUUGCGGAGCAGCUGGUGUGGAGCGUGUCUAGCAGCCUUGAAGAGCUGCUCCAACCCAGCAAGACUGUCUGCCCGUGGAUCUCCUCAAUCCACAGCCUGUGCAAUCAGCUGCUGGCCGUGCUGGUUCUUGUCACAGCGCCCCUGUCAGAGCUUCACCGAUUUUGUCUGGGAGGUUCUGGUGGAAUUUCAUCUGCUACCACGGCGGCGGACUCAGGGGCACGCAGUGUGCACUGGCUGACAGUCAUCCGGCCCGCUCGCCUCCCCCCGGAGCCCCUGCGCACAUCGACAUCAAAUGAAUUUACCACCCAGCUUCUGCUAAAACUGAUGUCCUCUCAGCCCGACUGUGACUAUAAAUUACUUCUGCAAUGCCUCCUGGACGCUGACUGCAUCCUUCUCAGAGUUUUGCUCGACAACUCUUAUUUCUGUAUUGAUGACAACAGAAAUGACCCCGAUAGCCACAAGCAUAGUGAUGCUUUCAUGGAGGCUGUGUUUUCUGUGCUGGUUGCCCUAAACAACAUCCCUGGGGCCCUGACUCUUGUACUAAAAAACUACUUCGACAAGAGGCGCUUAUGGGAUUUUUUGUAUAACAUGACAGCAGACGAGGGUCCAACGAAGCCAGCAGUGCUCAGGUGCGUGAGAGCAGCACUGAGCAAAGCUGUGGUCAGUAUUGUCAGCCACCUCAUCGCCAUGGUGCUGGACCACCAGGCCUGGGAAGAUCUUGCUACCUUCUUGCCCAGUCAGGGCCUGCCCGAGAGUGUGCUAGCUAAAGUUCCGAAGGAAUGGCACUACGUAGCCCCCGACGCCAGGGGAAUGGAGGCCAGCAGGGGUGACAACAAGCUCAUGAUACAAGCCGUUUCCUUCGUCUUUGCUAUCCUGCCCUCCGCGAUAGCCUCCCUACCCCUGCCUCUGCGCUUCCUGUUCCUCACCGGCGAGAAGCAGGUUUCCCAGCAUGCCCAGCAGCCGAAGCUCACAGGCCUGCUGGUUUGGGGUUUUGUCAGCUGCCUGUGCCAGGACCUGGAAGAGGGUGGCAGGCUCACGCUGGAUCACAGGGCCAUGGAUAAGUUGGCAUUGCUCAGCGAGUGCCUCCAGAGUGCUAUGGGGAAUCAGAGGGGUGGAGCCAGUCCCGUGGUGCAGAAGGUGCUUCAGAAGCUAGAGGAGAGCCGGCCCGAUUGGACAGUGAUGCAGAUGCAGAAGGCCCAUAGGCUGUGUGCUGGGGGCGUGUUGGAGUCAGUGCGGGCCGGCGUGGCACAGGGGAGCGGCGGCGUGCCUGAACUGACUGAGCAGAAAAUAAGCCUGAUGCUCCUGGAGGUCUGCCACCAACCAGGUGGCAGCGAGUACCUGAGGCAAAUUUAUCACAUCAUCCGACUCAAUGAGGAUCUGCUGAAGGUUCAGCUAGCAGCACCCCGGGGCCAGUCAGACGCUCCUCAGUGGAUGGUGGACUUCAACCUGGUCAAUGAACAUGCCUCACCUAGCCCACCACACUUCAACCCGCUGACCUGUUUUCAGCACAUUGGGUCGAAGGAAUUUUCACAGUCAGCCAUAAGUGAAUGGAACUGGGACUGGGCCCAACUGCUGCCAGCUUAUCUGGGAAUGAGUCCGCUGACCUUGAGCGCACUCCUGGCUAACAGGUGGGAAAUGCAGGAGGAGGCUGCUCUUGAAGAUGAAGAGAAAACUCUGGUGGAUCACUUGCAAAAUGUUUAUUUCAAAACCAGCCUGGGAUCGUAGGACUUCUCUUGUGUCGUACUUGAGCACACAAGCUGUCCUGCCCAGCAGAAGCAAACAUUUACAAUUAAAAACAUGCUUGACUGAAAUGGCUUGUUCAGUGGUUAGUCUUUCAUAAAACAGACUUUUUCAGCAUUUUUACUUGAGCAGCACAAUGACAAACAACAAGGGAGAAGGAUAUAAAAAUUCUUUGAUUAUCUGUUACAGCAGCAGAAGCAUAAAGAUCUUUUUAGACUCAUUUUUUUAUGUUUCAAAAUUGUGGAUUUUUCUGUUUAUUGUCUUUGUCUGAAAAAAUUACAACUGUAAUUGCAUGUUUAGUUUCAGAUAUGCGUUUAUGACAGUUUUCCCCCAUCUGGCAUUGUAUAUUAUUGUUAUCAUUUUUUUUUUUUUUUUUUUAGCUUUCACUGUUCCUAAACUCUAUUGAAACCAAACAAUGCUGAAAGAACAUUUUCCACUUUAUGCUCGGUAUGUUUUGUAUAAUGCAAAUCUUCUUUUCAAAAAUCAGAUGUAAGAUAUUACUCAUUCUCAGUUUAAUUAUAUUUCUGUUUUAUUGUUAUCAAUCAACCACUGAAUGUAGUUCAAGGAAACGAGUACAAUAUCAAAUAAGAAACAAAAUUUAAUUUCAUUAAGAUCUUAGGUACUACAAAUAUGUGUUUAGCUAUUAGUAGGUGCGUUUGCUGUAUGAUGAAACUAAUACAAGAAAAGUGAAGGUAAUAGAAGUGAAGCUGAUAGAAGUAAUAUAUGUUCAAAAGAAACUAAUUCUUUUGUGUGGGACUUAUUUAGGUUCAUAGUGCGUACCAUAAAUGCACACACUUUCUAACUUUGUGUGUAAGCUGUAACCACUUGGAGAUGACAUGUAUGGUAGUAACCCAACAGUUCAUUUAAAUUAUAUCCAUCCAUUUUCUAAACCCUCAUCCUAGCCAGUCACAAGGGGCUUGGAGCCUAUCCCAGGUGCCACAAGGCUGGGGUACAACGUGGAUGGGAUGCCAGUAUUCACUUAAAUUCUCUCUCCAAAUUACCUCCACUCAUCGGGCCUGGACGAGCAUUAGCUCGAAGGAAUAACACGGGUUCGUCCUCCUGUGGGCCCACCACCUGCAGAGGGAGCCGGUGAGGUCGAAUGCAAUGUAGAACGGAUGGCCGUUGAAGGCAGGGGCCUCGGCGGACCGAUCGUCAGCUACCUAAACUGGCUUUAGGUACAUGGAAUACAACCUCUCUGAUGGGAAAGGAGCCUGAACUGGUGUGGGAGGUAGAGAGAUACCAACUAGAUAUAGUUGGGCUCACCUUGAUGCACGGUAAGUGGUACACUGGUGUCAUAGCCAUUACCAGUGUGAUUGUCCACCACAAUACUAUACCAUUAACACCGCGAGAAGUCAACAGCCUAAUUAUACAACAGCAUAUUUAUAAAAAAUAAAGCAUUUCUUUUCAAAGCUUCAA